AUGGCCUCGCCACGCAGUCAACCCGACGAGAAUGCCGCCGUCGACCACGAAAAGCCCUUUCAGCGCGUCGUCGUCUGCUGCACCAGCAUCCCCCCAGACCAGCGAACCGAGAUCGAGAAGAAGGCGCAGGACCUCGGCGGCCACCACAAGUACGACCUCACCCCCGACGUGACCCACCUCAUCGUCGGCCAGUAUGACACGCCCAAGUACCGCCACGUCGCCAAGGAGAGGCCCGACAUCAAGGCCAUGGACGCCCGCUGGAUCGACGCCGUCGCCGACCUCUGGAAGAACGCCGCCGAGAUCGACUUUGCCGCUCUGGAGACCCAGUGGCAGCUGAAGCCCCUCGAGACGAGCGGGCCCGAGCCCGGCGAGGAGGACCGUGUCAAGCUGCUGUGCUGCAUGACGGGGUUUGAAGAUCCCGACGAGCGACAUGCCAUUAUUGAAAAAAUCAACGACAACGGCGGCGUCUACACGGGGGACCUCACGAAACGAGUGACGCACCUCAUCGUCUGCAAGCCAGACGGCAAGAAAUACAGGGCCGCGCGGAACUGGAACAUACGCACCGUCUCCCUGGCGUGGCUGGACCAGAGCGUCGAGCGCGGCAUGAUCCUCGACGAGCAGUACUUCGACCCCGUCCUGCCGCCAGAGGACCAAGGGCGCGGCGCCUGGAACCGGAAUGCCCAGAGGCCGUCGGCUCUCAAGAGGGCCAGGUCGACGGCGGAACCGGGGUCGCGCAAGCUGCGCAAGACGGCCAGCAUGAAGCUGGGCAGCCAGCGCGAGAACCUCUGGGGCGACAUCCUCGGCAGCAAGACGUCCCUCGAGCCCAACACGGACGCCGGCAGGGACGCCACCGAUCGCAUCGAGGUGGCUGACUCGAUGGCCGAUCUCGCGGCGAGAAAACCACAAGCGCCGCCGGGCAUCUUUACGGGAUGCACCGCCCUGGUGGAUGGGUUCGAGUCGUGGAAGGCCAAGGUCCUGAGCGAGACGAUCGCGUCACUCGGAGGCACUACCUGCGACACACUCCAGCAGCUCCUCGAUGCCCGCGGGCCGAGUGCCUUUCAGCGGUUCCUCGUCGUCCCGCAGUCUUCGCAGCCAGAGACGCACCCGCAGUUGCCCCCUGAUGCGUCCAUUGACAUUGUUACCGAGUUUUUUGUCGAACGGUGUCUGCACAAUAAGACGCUCUGCCAACCGAGCGACCACGUCCUCGGCCGCCCGUUUGCCAGGUUUCCCAUUGACGGAUUCGAAGAUCUCGCGAUUUGCACAGCUGGAUUCACCGGCAUUGAUCUACUGCACGUGGAGAAGUGCACGACUCAGCUGGGCGCCAAGUACGCCUCGCGCCUCAACGAGGCAACGUCGGUGCUGGUGUGUCGGUCAGUCAGGGAGACACGGCCGGAAAAGCUGAGGUUCGCCAGGGACAGCAUGAUCCCCGUCGUCAGUGCCGACUGGCUGUGGGCCUGUGUCGAGUCUGGCUUCAACGUGCCCGUCAAGGACUUUUUGUGCACCGGCCUCGGACAGAGCGAGGCCCUGACGCCCAAGGUCAGGACAAUCAAGGACGACAAGAGGGCCGGUCUGCAGAGGAGGACAUCAGCGCCAGCUCGUCCUAGGUCCUCCGACUCGUCAACACGACAGCCCUCGCGAGGCGCCCUCGUCGACGGCGACGCCUUUGCCCAGGAGCCCUCGGCCAGGGGCGCAGGCACGACCAGAGGAACGGAGGGAUCGACACAUUUCCAGACGGCGAGGACGCACCAGAAGGACAGCUUCGGCUCAGGGGCUGUGCCGGCGCCGUUGGCAGACGUCUCGAGCAAUGCCCUCAACAGGAGUCCUUCGCCACCCAAAACGGCACCACCUCCAGCCAAGACAGCAAACACGACGGGUGACGGUUUCUCCAAAUUGGUCGACCUGCCACCUCCAGAUGAGAAUGACCCCGCGCCCACGGCACAGCCCGUGUUGCCAGAGACGGUCGCUGUCCAGGCCGAGGCCGAGGAAGAGCAAGAGGGAAAGCAGGACGCAGAUGCCCACGAUACCUCGGUGACGACGGAUCUCGUCGCCCAAAAACGCGUCCGCGAAGCCGAGACAGCGGCUGAGCGCGCCGCCAUCUCGUCACACAUCGCCUCCCUCAUGAACACGCGCUCGCACGCGUCCGAGGAGCCGACGGGCCCUGAAGGCAGCGACGACAAGCCGCCAGCUCGGCGCAGCGCGGCAUCUUUGGCCGCGCGACGAGCAACGUCUCGGCGGCGUCGAGCGCUUCACACGAGCACACGAGUCGGGGCGGCCGGGCGGUCGUCAGCAGGCGCACGAGGACGCGGCGCCACCCGCCGCCGGCGACACAGGUUCGGAGGGGCAGCCUGUCGGGAAGAAGGCUGUCAGGAGGCGGGCGUUGUGAAGAAGGUUGUCAGGAAGAAGGCGCUGUGA